CUACAAUUUCCAUCCCCCGACGUUUGCCCCUCUUGCUUGUUGCGGAUAAUGUGCUCUUACCGGGCUCGUCGAUGCGAAUUCCUGUUCGUAGCAUGAGAAAUAUGAACAUGGUGAAGAGCAGGCUGCUGGCAAGGAACACCUUAAGUAGCACAUUGAUUGGAGUGAUGCCAAAGGAACCUGGAGAUGAGAAUGAUGAGCUGCAAUCAUUACAUCCAAUAGGGACUGCAGCUGUUGUGGUUCAGGUGACUGGAACAAACUGGCCCAAACCAGCCUACACACUCCUUGUAACUGGUGUCUGCAGGUUCAAACUGGAUGAGCUCCUUCAGGAGACACCUUACCCUGUUGCCACAGUUACACAGCUUGAUAAGCUCCCGGGAGAUGAGCUAGAUGAUGAAUCUACAGAUGCUAGAGAAAUGGCAGAUAAUUUCCGGGUGCAAGCUUCCAGACUUGUGGACAUGCUGGAUAUCUCCAUUCCUACUGUAGCAAAACUAAAGAAAAUGUUGGACAAUUUGCCCAGUCAACAUUUACCAGACAUCUGUGCAUCAAUAGUGAAGGCAUCAUACUCUGAGAAGAUACAAGUGCUAGAUGCCUUGGAUUUAGAGGAACGAUUCAAGAAAACCUUGCCCCUUCUCAUGAGACAAAUUGAAGGUUUAAAAUUGCUACAAAAGGCAAAGAAAGACAACAACAGUGUGGAUAUUGUAAGGAGUAAGAAUCGGCCAAUCAGAUUGAAGAUGAGAAAAAUGAGGGACAUGGAGGAUGACGAUGAAGGAGAGGGUGAUGAAAUGGCAGACAUUGAAGCUAAAAUAAAGGCUGCCCAUAUGCCAGAUGAUGCUGAAAAAGCAGCCUAUAAAGAGUUGAAGCGACUCAAGAAGAUGCCUCAGCAGAUGCCAGAGCAUGCAAUGAUCAGGAACUACUUAGAACUCAUGGUAGAACUACCCUGGUCCAAACAGAGCAAGGACAAUCUAGACAUUGCAACUGCAAGGAAAGACUUGGAUGAAGAUCAUUAUGGACUAGAUAAGCUGAAGAAAAGAGUGCUUGAAUACUUUGCUGUCAGGCAACUGAAGAACAAACUUAAGGGACCAAUCCUAUGCUUUGUUGGCCCACCAGGUGUGGGGAAGACCAGUGUGGGAAGAUCUAUUGCACACACGUUGGGUAGAGAGUUCCACAGGAUUGCGCUAGGUGGUGUAUGUGACCAGUCUGACAUCAGGGGCCAUAGGAGGACAUACAUUGGCUCAAUGCCUGGUAGGAUCAUACAAGGCUUGAAGCAUGUAGGGGUCAACAACCCUGUGCUUUUGUUGGAUGAGGUAGACAAACUGGGAGCCAGUUUACAUGGAGACCCUGCUGCAGCACUAUUAGAAGUUCUGGACCCUGAACAGAACAACACAUUCACAGAUCACUACCUCAAUGUGCCAUUUGACUUGUCCCAAGUGUUAUUUAUUGCAACAGCUAACAACUCACAGUCCAUUCCCCCAGCUCUGCUUGACAGGAUGGAGGUCAUCACCAUACCUGGCUACACUCAAGAGGAAAAGUUGCAUAUAGGAGUGAGACACUUGGUACCUAAACAGCUCAAAGAGCAUGGUCUUACUGCAGAACAACUGCAAUUUGCAGAGGAAGCCAUCAAACUUAUAAUUGCCAACUACACCAAAGAAGCUGGAGUGAGAAAGCUUGAGAGACAAUUAGCUGCUGUGUGCAGAGCGGUUGCUGUAAGAGUUGCUGAGGCACAGACUAAAGCCAAACAUGAAAAGGCAGAAAAUCUGGACACACACAAGAAAGAGGGUGAUGAGCAUACAGAGGCUGGAGAUGCCAGUUUGUUGGCCCAUCCCCCAGAUAUGCCUAUCGUUAUUGAUGAGAAUGCAGUGGAGGAUAUUUUAGGGCCAGCCUAUUAUGAAAGUGAGACAGCAGAGAGGUUACAACAGCCAGGUGUUGCAGUGGGACUUGCAUGGACAGCUAUGGGGGGAGAGAUCAUGUUCGUGGAGGCAUCUAGAAUGAGAGGGGAGGGGAAGAUCACAUUGACUGGACAGCUAGGUGACGUCAUGAAGGAAUCUGCUAACUUGGCCCUCAACUGGGUCAGAGCUAAUGCCAAACAGUUUGGAGUGAAGAGUGACCUAAUGCAAGACACAGACAUUCACAUCCACUUUCCCAUGGGAGCUGUAGGAAAAGACGGUCCAUCAGCAGGGGUUACCAUAGUAACAGUGCUUGUGUCACUGUUCAGUGGUCGAUGUGUCAGGUCUGACACUGCCAUGACAGGAGAACUGACACUCAGAGGAUUGGUCUUGCCAGUUGGUGGUAUUAAAGAGAAGGUGCUAGCUGCUCAUAGGGCAGGUAUACGACGUGUAAUUAUGCCAAAGAAAUGUGAGAAGGAUUUGCAAGAGAUACCAAGCAAUGUCAAAGCUGAGAUGAGUUUCAUCAUGGUUACACGUCUCGAGGAAGUCUUGAAUGCUGCCUUUGAAGAUGGUUUCCCUGCUCUUGUUCCAAUGUUAGAUGUCCCCAGUAAAUUAUAGGUAUUGCCCCAAUGCUUGCCUUCACAUAGAACAUUAGAGGAAGUUGCAAUCAAAUUCUAGGACAGUGCUGAAUGACUCUGUAUGAUGUACAGACCAGGCUAAAAUAAAUGCCUGAAUUUCAUUACACUUUGGCGCAAUUUAAAAGGAGAAUGAUUGUGACAGGGCUGUUUGAUAGAUCUAAAAGGGAAACUAUUGUACCUGUAUUACAAGCCUCCGUGUUAAAAGUCUAAGUUGAUAGCCGAAUGACUUAUUUUUCUUAAACUAUACAAGUACAGUACAGUAUGUUAGAAAUUAAUCAAAGACCUCAAGUGAAACUUCAGAAAGAAGUGAAGUGGAACGAACAUAAUUGUUGAGUUUAAAAGAGCUAAAGCUGUAAAUUUCAUCCAAAAUAAUCUUCAAAAUAUUCACUUUCUACAUGAAUGAUUUUUUGAGCUUUUACUGAAAAGAAAAUUCAUAUCCAAGUUUAUUGCAUUGAUCGUGAUAUUAUUAUGAAUUUAAAAAUAUUUUAGGUUAUGUAGAAUAAGAAUUAGCCCUAUAAGUUUAAAGCAGAUGUAUUUUAUUUUUCUUGGAUGAGAUGAUUUUGAAUCCUGUAUAUAUUCCACAAUGGCUGAUACCACCAAUUCACCACUGUUGUAUUCUUGAUUUAAAUGAAAUAUAAUGCAGUAACAUAUGUGCAGUAUUCAAAUAUUAUACUGGUAAUAAAAUGGUCAAUUG